CUCUGUGCCUAGGUUGAUUAUCUGCCCUCUUCACUCUCGCACCCACCCCCUACCGUUUUUGCUGCUUCCCUUCCCACCCUCUUUUUCUUUCUCUCCCCAGAAAGAGCGAACAACAAGAAGAGGGCAUGGAAGGCAUUUCGGUGAGCAUGCUGAAGGGAUUCAAGGACUACUGGAGCAGAAGAGGAUACCGCAGAUUAAAUGGGUCGGGCCGGCGAAGGAGGAUCUGCAGGGUGCAGCUGGGAAGCAGCCGGAGGAGGCGGUUCUGGAGGAUCAAAAUGGCUCCGAAGAUCCGGUUGUCGAGGAUUCCGUCGCCAAAGAAGAUGCUGGUGUGGCUGAGGGACGCCUACGUGAGAAUGAUGAUGAGAGUGGCGAACUCGCGAGCCAUGAGCAUGAACGUGGGCGGAGCGGUGAUGAGUUUUGGCGGAGGCGCUGCCGCCUCGGGCUUCGGGAGGGGACCUAUGAAGGAGUACGACGAGAAGAUGAUCAUCCAGAUGUACAAGUCGUUGAUGUUGAGGCAGGCACACUUGGUGCCCUGCGACACCCCCAGAAUCUCCUCUGUUGUCGCCGCCUGCCCUCCCAAAACUUGAAAGCCAUCACUGAUGGUGAUGAUGCAUCGGAUCAUGUGUGGCCUCAGGACUCUGAAGCUGGCUUCCUUUAUUUGCUCUUUACGAUCCAUGCUUCAGCCCCUUUCUUUUCCUGUUCUUUUGAAUGUAACCGCAAUACCGAAAUUCCUCAGCUCGCUCGCUCACUCACUCACUGUUAUAAGGCCUCGACCUCAAAUUUUAGGAACAAAUCGGAUGCUGAUCUCGUGCUUGCAAUACAUCCUUCGUCAAAAUCUGUAAAUACCCUCCCUUCCCCUUCCCCUUUUUCUACUUUAACGAGACUUCUAUCUCUCCUACUGAUGCUGUAAUAAGAGCUCCAUUGCGCCCCAUUUGGAUCACGUACGCCUUCAAAAAAGUAUAUGUACGAUUCCUUUAAUCCAAUAAAAUGCCGCAGUUUCGAUAUUUCUGUCUCCGACAUUAACUUCUUUUUUAAAUUUUCCCUUUGCAUUAUGCACACAAGAGAACAAGAGACCCCUCUUUUACUGGUGCCUCCAGUGUUGGACUUCAAAGUUUCAGUUCAUCAGGUUUUGCUUGAGGACUAUGAUGGUGAUUAAUUUGGUUGACACUACUAUAUAUUAUCCUUGUAGUUGA